AUUACAUUUAUGCAUUUGGCAGAUGCUUUUAUCCAAAGCGACUUACAGUGCACUUAUUACAGGGACAAUCCCCCCAGAGCAACCUGGAGUUAACUGCCUUGCUCAAGGACACAAUGGUGGUGGCUGUGGGGAUUGCCAGUUAUGAUUACCAGUUAUGUGCUUUAGCCCACUACGCCACACCACUCCAAUAUAGGUUUCCAAACAUCUCUUUUGGAAAUAGAAUAGACCUUAUUCACAGCAGCGCCAUCUUUAAUUUUUGACAGGAAUGACAACGAGGCUGUGAGGGAUAGACUUAAUGUCUUUUCAAUGACAUGCACUGUAUAAAGCUGUAUAAAGCUCCUAGAAUUUCUACAGCUCAUGUUUUCUGGAGUGUUUUGUCCUCUGAAAUUUUUAGGAAAGAUGUGUUUUCAAUGUUUCAUUGGUGGAAUGAUCCAAAGCACUUUAAACAACAUUACAACCCAUUGAAGAAACUGUAAAUCUCAAACAUGGUGCUACUCUGAAUAAGGUCUAGUAUAGAAGUAGAACAAGGAAUCCUGCAACAGAUGUGAUGGGCCCCACAGAGCUCGGAUCUCAACAUUAUUGAGUCAAUCUGGGAUUACAUGAAGAGACAGAAGCCAUUGAGUCUAAAUUCACAGAAAUCUGGCAAAUCAGAGACAAUUUAGCAGAGACAGAUCACUUAUAUUAAAAUAAAUGUUAGAAUUUAGAACACCCAACGGUUGUAGAAAAAGAAGUCCUGCCUUACAUUUCAAAGAGCCAAUCAGCUUUUAUAUAACGAGUUUGCCUGUCAAUCAACCUGAAAACGUGCAUGCGCAUUAGCUGGACUAGCCUAAAAAAUAGUGUUUUUAAGCGUGACCUGAGCUAAAGUAGCACAAUGUAUUGUCAUUGUUGUCAGAUUUUACUGCUGAUUUGAAAUAUGUUCUUUGUUCUUUUAUUGUAAUCUUGACAAACUGUUUUGGAGAUUCUGGUCUGUCCCCAUUAAAUUAGAUAGGAGCUGUACUUUUACACUGCUUGUUUACAUGGAAAAUAGCUGCCCAGCUUGCCCGGGAGCAUUCCAAAGAUGGCCGCCCAGUGGACUGACUUGCCGUGAAUGGUACUUUGGGCAAAUUCUUCAAAGAUACUUGGAGCAACCUACAUGCCAACAACCUUGAAAAAACUGUGCAAAAGUGUGCCUAGGAGAAUUGGUUUGUUUUAAAGGAAUAGGGUGUUUUGUCCCCCGACUCAAAGUAUGACUGUCUUGCCCUGAAUAGCCAAAACUCCACCUUCCACAACAAAAUAGUAUUAUAUAUGUAUUUCAAUCGGGUCAAUUCUCUGAUGCCAUCAGAUGACAUUCGGCACUUCAGCACUGCUUCUGGCCUUUUAAUAUGCCCUUCCAACUCUAUGAGUUCACGUCCUCUGGAUUUUUUGAUGAAUGAGGCAUACUGUAUGAUCCGGCCCCUAAGAACCGCCUUAAGUGCCUCCCAAGCCACGCCCACAGAGGAUACUGAGGACCAGUUGGUCUCCAUAUGGUCUCCACUGAUUUCAGCCUUUAACAUUUGAUGGAAUUUAGGAUUUUGCAAAAGGGAUACAUUAAAGUGGCAACUAUAUGAUUUCUAUUUCUCCGUAUGUGGCAACACCUCUAAAUUCACCAGGGCGUGAUCCGAGACUGAGAUGUUUCCAAUUGAGCAAUCCACAACAGAUGAAACGAGGGACUUAAAAAUCUAUUCUUAAAUAAAUCUUAUGGACUAUGAAAAAUAUGUAUAGUCCCUACCAGAUGGGUUAAAAAGUCUCCAAAUAUCUGUAAGACCAAGAUGUUUACACAUUCUGUGAAGUGUCACAGUUGCCCUAGGGGGCUUACACACUUUUGCUUCACUAUGAUCAAGGAUUGAGUCCAUCAAAAGAUUAAAGUCUCCUCCCAAUAUUAUAUCAUGAGGGGUGCCAGCGGCUUGUAACAUCCCUUCAAGAUCUAUAAAAAAGCCCUGAUCAUCAACGUUAGGUGCAUAAAUAUAAGCCAAAAUCAACCUUUGCCCAUGAAUUCCUGCUAAAACAAUAAAAACUGUCAUUUAAAAAAAUAAUGUUAUUAACCAUUCUUUUAUUUUGUUCUAUCAGCCUCCAUUUGGAAGGGAGGCUGCGGAACGUCUUAACCGGAGCGAAAAAAUACAGUUUUUGCUCAGAACGAACCGAAAUGAAAAACAUUUAGUUUUUAGUCCCUGGUCAUGAAGGAACAACAGUUUGAAGAGAAUACUGCUGAGCAAGUAAGAGAAAGUCAAUAUUUUUAUAGCAACUUACCUGAAAAAUAAUACAUCCAGUAUCCUAUCCAAUUGCACAGACUUUUGUAGGUAAAUCUAUCAACCCCUUUAAAUGCUGAGGUUUGUUACCACCUGAGUAGUGCAGGAAUGCAUGUUAUGUACUGUAAGUUCAACCAGACCAUGCGUUUGGCAAUGCAUUUUCCAAGUGCUUGCAUUUGCAUACACAUACUUACAAAAAAAAUGUCUGGCCAAACGCACAAAAUAGAACGAAUCAAAAACAGACAACGGAGUAAUAUAAACAGUGAAGCAUUCAAGUGCUGUUAUAAUAAAUAUCAGCACUCUUGGAAUGCUCUUGUCCAAUCAGAUUAGAGGACCGGAACUAGCUGUUUAUAUAUACUCAUAUUAAACUCAUACAUCACAUGUAAAUGACAUUACAGUAUAUAGAAUUUAUCAAGGUUUGUCCAAGUAAGCCCACCCUCUUCUUUUCUUUCUCUGUCAACCUCAGAAGGAGAGCCACUCUGUUCACCAUAUCCCUUCAUGGUCAUGGCUCCUCCUCCACUCCUCCAACAUCUCCUGCUCCUCCUCUUGGCACAGCUGUGUGAGGGUGGCAGUGCUCAUAGGAACAGCAACAGUAGUGCAGAUGGCCCCAAGAGAUCCUGUUUUGAGAAAGUCCAUUGUCAACCUGGGAUUCUACUUCCUGUAUGGCUGCCGCAGGACCCCUCAUUGGCAGUGCAGGCCAUAAGAGCAGUGAUUUACUUUUCAUCACUUCUCUACAUGUUUCUGGGUGUGUCCAUCAUUGCUGACCGCUUCAUGGCUGCCAUUGAGGUCAUCACAUCACAGGAGAAAGAGGUGACUGUGACAGGUGCAAAUGGAGAGAAGACUGUAAUGACAGUUAGAAUCUGGAAUGAGACUGUCUCCAAUCUCACACUCAUGGCCCUGGGUUCAUCAGCCCCUGAGAUACUGCUGUCUGUAAUAGAGGUGUGUGGACACGGUUUUGAGUCAGGAGAAUUGGGCCCCGGCACUAUAGUGGGCAGCGCUGCAUUUAACAUGUUUGUGAUAAUCGGAGUGUGUGUGUGGGUGAUACCUGACGGAGAGGUGAGGAAGAUCAAACACCUGAGAGUCUUCUUCAUUACUGCAUUCUGGAGCAUCUUUGCAUACAUCUGGCUCUACCUCAUCCUGGCAGUCAUCAGCCCUGGCAUUGUACAGGUCUGGGAGGCUCUGGUCACACUCUUCUUCUUCCCAGUGUGUGUACUCAUGGCAUGGAUUGCUGACCGCCGCCUGCUCUUUUACAAGUACUUGCAUAGACGUUACCGUGCUGACAAACGUCAUGGUAUCAUUGUGGAGAUGGAGGGUGAGCUAGCACCCAGAGGCAUUGAUGCCAUCAUGGGGGAAAAAUAUCAAAACAACACUACUGGCACUGUCGUCAAUAUGGAUAAAAAUAAAGUGCCUGAACAGGACCGAGAGGAGGUGAUCCGUAUGCUAAAAGACCUCAGGGAGAAGCAUCCGGAUAAAGACCUGGACCAGCUGAUUGAGAUGGCAAACUAUGCUACCAUGCAGAAACAGCACAAGAGCCGGGCCUUUUACCGGGUGCAGGCAACACGCAUGAUGAUUGGUGCCGGGAAUGUACUGAAGAAACAUGCAGCAGCCGGACAGGCAAAAAGGGCAGCUGCAGAUUCAGGUGAUGAUCUGGCCACCUGUGCUCACAUCGCUUUUGAGCAGGCACAGUACCAGUGCAGAGAGAACUGCGGGACUGUCAGUCUGUGGGUCUGCCUGCAGGGGGGAACAGGUAUCAGAACCUUCCAUGUCGAUUACAGGACAGAGAACGGCUCUGCUAAUGCUGGAGCUGAUUAUGAUUAUUGUGAGGGAACGAUCGUAUUUCAGCCUGGAGAGACACGCAAAGAAAUAAAGGUGGGCAUUAUUGAUGAUGAUGUGUUUGAGGAAGAUGAACACUUCUUUGUGCGUCUCUCAAGCCUGCGAGAGGGAGAGGCCGGGGCGAACACUGAUGGUGCUCGACUGGUUGAACCUUUUGUAACCACAGUAACCAUUCUGGACGAUGACCAUGCGGGAAUGUUCUCAUUUGCUCAACGGGAGCUUUGCGUGGGUGAAUGUUCAGGUGUGGUGGAGGUGCUGGUGAACCGAACCUCAGGUGUGCGCGGGACCGUUAUGAUUCCCUAUCACACAGAGGACGGUUCUGCACGACACGGUGUUGACUAUGAAAAAACACAAGGAGAGCUGGAGUUUACCAAUGAGCAGACUAGUAAGACACUACAGGUGCGCAUCAUUAACAUGCAAGAAUAUGAUAAGCGAGAAAAUUUCUACAUUGUCCUCAAAGAACCCAAAUGGCUCAAGAGAGGCAUCUCAGCCACCCCUGGUCCAGAAGUGGAGGAGGCCAGACGUAUAGCCGAAAAGGGAAAGCCCAUUUUGGGAGAACAGAGCAGGCUUGAGGUCAUUAUAGAGGAGAAUAUGGCCUUCAAGGUCCGACAGGAAAUGGCCCCUAAUGGAGUCUUAGAUGCGAAUACAGUAGACCGUCUGUUGAAGGACACAAAUCUUGCAGAAGUAAUUGGCACACACUCCUGGAGAGAGCAGUUCAUCGAGGCAGUAACAGUCAGUGCAGGUGAUGAGGAAGGAGGAGAGCCUCAGCAACCAUCUUGCUGUGAUUAUUUCAUGCAUGUGAUGACAGUGUUCUGGAAGAUUCUGUUUGCAUUUGUUCCACCCACGGAGUACUGGAACGGCUGGGCCUGCUUCAUUGUGUCCAUUCUGGCCAUUGGGCUACUUACCGCCGUCAUUGGAGACUUGGCAUCUCAUUUUGGCUGCACGGUGGGCCUCCGUGACACUGUGACUGCAGUAGUGUUUGUUGCCUUAGGAACUUCCAUACCGGGUGAGUGUCUCAUUUUUUGUGUGUUUGUGUCUUAUUAUGUGAAACAUAAUUACCAACAGCAUCUCUUAACUCCCCUUCAUCUUUCAGAUACAUUUGCAAGUAAGUUUGCUGCCGUACAGGAUCAAUAUGCAGAUGCUUCGGUUGGAAACGUAACCGGUAGCAACGGCGUUAAUGUCUUCCUGGGGAUUGGCUUGGCCUGGUCCAUUUCAGCCAUAUACUGGGAGGUCAAAGGUCAGGUGUUUUAUGUAGAUCCUGGCUCACUUGCUUUCUCGGUCACACUCUUCACCAUCUUUGCCUUCAUCAACAUUGGUGUGCUGAUGCUACGGCGUCGGCCAUCAGUGGGCGGAGAACUGGGUGGGCCAAAAAUGAUCAAGGUUCUGACUUCAAUGUUGUUCGUUGGUUUGUGGCUUCUCUACAUCACAUUCUCCAGCCUAGAGGCCUACUGUCACAUCACUGGCUUCUGAAUACAAAGAAAGAGAGAAAGACUCAAUAAACACAGAUACACCCUGAUACUAAUGGCAUACAGAAGUUAAGUUAAGGUUAAGUUAUGUGAGAACUGAGCUGUGAGAGAAAUGUACACUAAUUAUGGUGGUACUGACUAUUGUCUGUGGUAAUGUGUCCAUAGAAAUAGGUAUGCACUUUCUGUACACACAAACAUACCUAAAAAGAGUGAGUGAGUGAGAGAGUGAGAGAGAAAAAGGGUGAGUGAGAGAUAACAAGAUUGUACGAUUGCAUGUUUGCAACAUUUGAAAAAAGCACAAAUAACUGCACUGCAGUUGGUGUCUCCAACUCAAAGCAUUUCAAAUACAUUCAAAGCACAUUGAAGGUAUUAUUAACACUGAUUUUUUUUAUAUUACCAGACCGUCACUGACACAAAGGACAUUAACACAUGCAUCAUGUAUGUAGCACUUUUUCCAGAACAGUUAUGUCAUUUUAUAUUCUCACUCAGUGACUGGUAAUUGAUGUAACUGUGAAGUCAUGUGUAUCUCUCUAAGAGAGAAGGUGCUCUUGACUCUCCACAGCGGUUUACCAAAGAACACUUUGACAAGUGAGACUGACCUUUUUUUGCUAGUUUCACUGAAGAAUGUGAGACGCAACACUGAUUUUAAGACAUUAUGGGACCUAUCUUGCACAGUUGAUCGAAGUAAUAUUGUAUUAAGUGAUAAUAAUAAUUAUCAUAAUUCACAUUAAUAAUAUAGUUACUCAAAUGAGGAUAUGUAAUAUUUGUCACUUUAUGAAAUUUACUCAAAUGUAAAAUUGAGAUAUAUAUAUAUAUAUAUAUAUAUAUAUAUAUAUAUAUAUAUAUAUAUCUCAGUAUUUAAGUAAAAUCAUUAACAAGUUGAAUGUUUUGUAGUUCUUACAGUGCUCUUGGUAAAAAUUCAAAAUGGAAUUAAAGUGCAGAUUAUUUUGGUAAAAUCUAUAUAGGGUUAUAGGGGGAAUCAAAUGAAAGCCAUCAAAAACAUGGGUCAUAUUUCACCCCAAACCUUAUUAUAUUAUUU